AUGUUCGCCGCAGCUGUCCCGCGCUCGACCAUCCGCCACCUUGCCCUCCGAGGCCCCUGCGGAGUACGAGCAGCUCUAAGCAGCAGCCCCGCAGCAGUGCGGAGUCGCCUGCACUCGACCAAGCAUCCCCGGGGCUUUGCGCCGCCGACCGACGACGACUUGACAGAACUGCGCGAGCGCGUGCAAGAGUUUACUCGACGGGAAAUCUCCGAAGAAGUCGCCGCGCAGACUGACCGCCAGAAUGAGUUUCCGGCGGAUAUGUGGAAGAAGCUUGGUGAAGCCGGCUUUCUUGGAAUAACCGCAGACGAGGAGUAUGGCGGACUGGCCAUGGGCUAUCAGGCACACUGCACAGUGCUCGAGGAAAUCAGCAGGGCGUCAGCUCCAGGAAGCAUCGGUCUCUCGUAUGCCGCCCACUCGCAGCUCUGCGUCAACCAAUUGUCGCUCAACGCCUCGCCUGAACAAAAAGCAAAGUACCUGCCCGGCCUGAUCUCGGGCGAGAAGAUUGGCGCGCUCGCCAUGUCGGAGCACUCUGCCGGAUCAGACGUGGUCAGCAUGAAGACGAGUGCGGUUGCUGUUGACGGGGGGUGGCUGCUGAAUGGCACCAAGAUGUGGAUUACCAAUGGCCCUGAUGCAGACUAUAUCGUGGUAUACGCCAAAACAGAGCCGGACCAAGGCUCCAAGGGCAUCAGCGCGUUCAUCGUCGAAAAAUCAUUCAAGGGCUUUUCCUGCGCUCGCAAGCUCGACAAGCUCGGCAUGCGCGGAUCCAACACGGGCGAGCUCGUGUUUGAAGAUGUCUUUAUCCCCAAGGAAAACCUACUCGGAGAAAUAAACCGCGGAGUCAAGGUCCUCAUGGAGGGUCUGGAUCUGGAGCGUCUAGUCUUGAGUGCCGGACCACUGGGAAUCAUGCAAUCCGCCCUCGACCUCGUCCUCCCCUACACCCACACACGCAAGCAAUUCAACACGCCCAUCGCGCACAACCAACUGGUGCAAGGCAAACUCGCCGACAUGUACACCAAACUAGCAGCCUCGCGCGCCUACACCUACGCCACGGCUCGCCAAAUCGACGAAUCCGCUGUGACCUCGGCUGUGAAUAUUCGCACGCAGGACUGUGCCGGCGCGAUCCUGUAUGCGGCGGAGCGCGCGACCGAGUGCUCCCUUGACGCGAUUCAGUUGAUGGGUGGGAAUGGAUAUAUCAAUGAGAUUGCAGCGGGCAGGCUUCUGCGCGAUGCAAAGCUGUAUGAGAUUGGGGCGGGCACGAGUGAGAUUCGCAGGAUGGUUAUUGGGCGAGCGUUUAACAAGGAGUAUGCUUGA